AUGUCUAACAGAUCACGGAAGUGGACUAAGCUGGACCUCAGACAUAACACAGGCAACGAACCCAAGGGUUUAGCAUUGACACCCCUGACAUCUAUCGAAGCAGAGAGCGAAACAAAUAUAGUAGAACGAGAUGACGGUAAGAUGAAGGAUGCUAACCGAAUAAAACUUGCAGCAUUUAACGAUGAUGAGAAAAUGAUCAACGACAUCUUGAGGGAGAAAACAAGUGAACGAGAAAUUCAAAAAUUACUUGCCGAACUUGAUGAAAGAGGACGACCAUGCAUAUUUUAUGCCGUGGAGUUCCGAAGUCUUCGUGCGCUUACUUGUUUGUUUAAUCAAGUGAAAGAUACGAAGUGUGUGACAGCUAAGAAUGGAGAAACUGUACUUCAUGUAGCCACGGAAAUGAAUGACGUUGUUAUUCUUAAAAAAUUGUUGGAUCAAGAUUUCAUUGUUCAUCUUGUGAACGAUGUUGAAAACAAGAAUAGCCGCUCGCCACUUUUUUUUGCUGCCAUGUACAACUUUGUCGACGUCGCCAAGGUGUUGCUGGAGCAUGGUGGAAAUAUCACAGAAGUUGAUGGCUCGAACAGAUCACCAUUGUAUAUCGCUGCAGAAAAAGGACGAGCUGGCUUGCUCGAUCUAUUCUUAAAGCAUGAAAAAAGUAGAGUGAAAGAAUUAUUGUUCAGCAAGGAGCAUGGCGGGAAACAUCACCAAAAUAUACUUCAUGUAGCUGUGGACAGCGGAGAUAAAAGUACUGUAGAAGUUUGUCUGCAACAAGAUGAAGAUAUGAUACGUUCCUGUUUGCAAGAAGAAAUGAAUAGUGGUGGUGGUUAUUUGGUUAACGCUGUGCGUAAAAAUAGCAUGGAGGAGAUGUUGUCAAGGUUUAUUGAUACGAUGGGAGAUCCACUUGUACAGCAAAACAAGAUAAAAGAAGAACUGAUGGGAGAUUCACUUGUACAGCAUGCCACGAUAAUAGAAGAAACGGAUGAAGCUUUACCUGUGCAGAGUGCCGUGAUAAUAGAAGAACCGAUGGUAGAUUCACUUGUACAGCAUGACAAGAUAAGACUAAGAGGGAGGAAAAAACUUUCAUAUGUACAGCAUGACAAGAUAAGACUAGAACCGAUGGAACUUUCACUUGCACAGCAUGGCGAGAUAAAAGUAGAACCGAAUUUCAAUCAUUUAUCUGAUGAAAUACCGCACAGCGGGCAAGCAUCGCCUACGUGCACGUGCGAUCGUUAUGCAGGUCUCUCUCAUCGUGCUUUGCUCCUUGCCGUAGAAGGUGGUCAUGUUGAAGACGUGAAAGAAUUGCUAAAAGAAAAAGCUCGUUUCAUUAAAAGAGAUAAAAAUGGCACAGUUCUUCAUUGUGCAGUAGCUCAUCCUAAACUAUUGAAGAUUUUGCUUAAGGAAAGCGACAUUCUUUCGUUGAUAAAUGAAAAAAGAACAGACGAUGGUUAUGCUCCAAUACAUGCUGCAGCUAAAAGAGGCCGAGUCGAGAGUGUUAAAAUUCUGAUUGACAACCAUGCUGAGCUGAACGUCCUCUCAGAAAACCAAAGUUCGCCUUUACAUUGCGCUGUUAUUUCUCAGAAUCUUGGUAUCAUUAAAUUGUUACUUGACAAUUGUAGAAAGUUAAUUUCCAUGGCUAAUGCUACCAAACAAACUCCGCUUCAUACAGCUGCAUACUAUAGUAGCUCACGGGUCGUUAAAUAUCUUCUGAAAUACGAAAUAUUAAUGACGAGGUAA